CGUCAAAAAGGAUUCCUGGCGAAUGCGUUGCCAAUUGUGUCAACCCAAAAGACACGAAGUGCUGGCUUUCAAGAAUUCGCCAUUAAAUUUGAGAAAGCACAUAGAGGUAAUCUAACGUUUUAUUGUUAUCUUUCUUGUCAUGAGCCAUUUUAAUGUUUUCAGUAAUAAUAGUGUUUGCUAUGUCUGUAAUGUUAGCAUAAUUUUUUAUGAAUGCACAUUUCAGGCAUGUGUUUGCUUGAUUAGUGAAUGUUAGUUAACUUUGCUAACUAUACAUUUGUAAUGUUAGCUAGCUGUUAUUUUUAUUGGAAUAUUAAUUAACUUAAUUCGCCAUCAUUAUAUCACUUUCGGGUGCAUAAUGUUACUUUUCAGGAACUGUAAUUCUGUUAGUUGAAUUAAUUUUCUAUGUACUAUGUGUCUGUCUGUUUCUUAAAUCUACUUGUCACUUCUAGAGAAAGCACACCAAUCACUUGGAGAGGUAUACCCAGCUCACUUCAACUGCUCUAAAAAGAAGAUCGUCAGAUGAAGGCCCCUCAUCAAAGCAAAUGAAGUUGUGGGAAACCAAGAGGGUCUCACAGCAGAGCGUAGAUGAAGCUAUUGUAAACUUUGUCAUUCAGGGUCUACAUCCACUAAGUGUUGUUGAACAGGAGGGUUUUAAAUCCCUCGUGCAUCUCUUACAACCAAGUGUUGCAGUAAUGUCUCAAGGUACUUUAAAAAACAAAGUUCAAAAGGCAACACAGGAAAUGAAGAACAAUCUGAAAGCAGCCAUGAGUGAAAUUGAGUUCAUUGCAACCACCAUUGACUGUUGGACAGCACACAGAGCUUCAUAGGUGUCACGGCACACUGGAUAGAUCCAGAAACCCUACAGAGACGUUAUGGUGCCCUGGCAUGUAAACAACUAAAAGGCACACAUUCUUUUUCUGCACUUGCAUGUGCCAUGUAUGAAAUUCACACUGAGUUUAACAUCUGUGACAAGAUUGUUCGCACAACAACUGACAACGGCUCAAAUUUUCUAAAAGCAUUUAGAAUCUAUGGUGAGCUUGAAGAAAACAAUAAUCCAGAAACCGUGGAAGGGGCCAGGCAAAGUCAAGUGGGAAAAAGAGAGAGUGGUGAUGAUGAUGAUGAUGAUGACUAUGAAGAGGAAGAAAACAAUGAGGGUGUUGAGUUUGUUGAAACUGGAACAAUGUUGGACCAAGAUGAUGGCCCAGAAUAUCAAUUGCCUAAACACCAUCACUGUGCCUGCCACCUCCUGAAUCUGGUGUCUACAGUUGAUGUCUUGGAAGCCAAUUUCAAUUCAGCUUACAAACGUCUGUCUCGCUCAGCAUUUGCAAAGUGCUCAAGUCUGUGGCACAAAAGUGCAAGAUCCAACACAGCUGAUGAGAUAAUCAAAGUAAACUGCAAACUCCAGCUCUUGAGGCCAAAUGACACUAGGUGGAAUUCCCUUUUUCUAGCUGUGGAGAGGAUUGUGAGAAUUGUGAGGGAACAAGGAGAAAGAGCCAUUACAGCUGUCUGCAGUGCAUUAAAAAUUCCCAUGUUCUGUGCGCCUUUGGUCGAUGCUCUUCUAGCAGGAAUCGAAAAACGUUUUGGACAGAUGCUUGUUGAUCCAGAGCUAAUCGCUGCUGCGAUUCUACUCUCCAAAUUUAAGACGUGCUGGACAAGUGAUGAAUGUGUCCUGAAACUUGGUCUUGACUAUAUUAAAAGCCACCUGAAACAACAAAUGGCAGUGCAUCAAGGUGAGACCACACAUUCCUCAGAAGAUGAUGACUUUUUUUCAGCGAUGAAAAAAAAGUUCCACUCUCGAGAUGACACCAGCCAACUAGAGACCUACCUCAACUGUCCCUCUGACACUUUGGAGAUACUAAAGUCUUUCUCUGCACUCUGCCACUUGUCAUUGAGGCUUAACACUCCGCUUCCAGCCUCAGCUGCCUGUGAGCGAAUGUUCAGUACUGCAGGACUGAUUUUUACACCAAAAAGAGCAUGUAUGGAUUCCAAGAACUUUGAAAAUCAACUGCUUCUCAAGCUAAACAAAGACUUUUGUUAAUAAAGUUAUGGCUUAAUGCCAAGUUUAUAAAACUUGAGGCUAAUAAGAAGGCUCUCAUUGUUUGUUGUGUAUGCCUUGCCUUUAAAUUCCUUGCCCCAGUUUUUGGAGUGGCUAAAGUUUUUUCCCCUACAAUUUUGUUUAUGUUUAUAUAAGGGAUGCUGCCACAUGGUGCUAUUUUAUUAUAAUAAUAUGUUCGUAAUUUACUUAAUUUCUGUAAUAUGUAACUGUUAUCUGAAAUCUGAUUCAGCCAGAGUUCGAUAGUUUCUAUAC